AUGGUUCUGCCGAGACCCGAUAUGACCUGUUCUGUCGCUGGUGCGUCGGCGCCCUCGCUCGGGCGCCGCCGCUGCGAGAUCAGGAGUGGCGCUCCGACGGGGCAGCCAGAUUUUUUCGGCGGCGCGCGCCAGGGGGCGUGGCGAGGGGUCGCACGGAAGGAAAGAGGUGGCGACCCAGGAGUGGACCCGGCCCGGGCCUCCACGCCCGGGCCGCGGGCGCUGCGGCCCCCCUCGCGCCACUGCGGGCGCCGCGCCUGGCUGUGGCCCGCUUCGGGACCCCCCGCCCCUCCGUCCAGGGACAGGCGGGGGCGCGCCCCCGAGUCGGGCAACGGCUCCGCCUCCUGCUCCUUCCUCCUCACGAGCCUCCUCCCGCCCUCCCGCGCCCUCUCCACGUCCUCGGCCUCGGGGACGAGCGUGCAAAGGUCUUGA